CAUGACGACCACGUCGGUCGGCUGGUGGUCCCCCGGCGAGAGAAUGAAGCUCAAGAGCCUCCUGCUCCGGUAUUACCCGCCAGGAAUUAUGCUGGAAUAUGAGAAAAGUGGACAAUUAAAGACCAAAUCCAUAGAUCUGCUCGAUCUCCAUACCAGUACAGAUGUCAAUGCCUUAGUAGAAGAGAUACAGAAAGCAGAACCUCUAAUCACAGCUUCACGAGCAGACCAGGUCAAACUUUUAAUACAGAGGUUACAAAAUAAACUCGGACAGUACAGCAACCACAAAUUCUAUCUUUUUAAGGUUCUCAGAGCACAUAUACUGCCAUUGACCAACGUUGCACUUAAUAAAUCAGGCUCAUGCUUUAUCACAGGAAGCUAUGAUCGGACAUGCAAACUCUGGGACACUGCCUCUGGAGAGGAACUUCACACCCUGGAGGGUCACAGGAAUGUGGUUUAUGCCAUAGCAUUCAACAAUCCUUAUGGUGACAAAAUUGCCACUGGGUCCUUUGAUAAGACUUGUAAACUAUGGAGUGUAGAAACCGGAAACUGUUACCAUACCUUUAGGGGUCAUACAGCAGAAAUAGUGUGUUUAUCGUUUAAUCCUCAAAGCACAUUGGUGGCUACUGGAAGUAUGGACACAACGGCCAAACUGUGGGACAUUCAGAAUGGAGAGGAAGCGUUCACUCUCACAGGACACUCAGCUGAAAUCAUCUCUUUGUCCUUUAACACCUCAGGAAACAGAAUCAUCACGGGGUCUUUCGAUCAUACAGUUACAGUGUGGGGUGCUGAUACUGGAAGGAAGGUGUAUACCUUAAUUGGGCAUUGUGCUGAGAUCAGCAGUGCCUUAUUCAGCUGGGAUUGCUCUCUGAUAUUAACUGGCUCUAUGGACAAAACCUGCAUGCUGUGGGAUGCUACAAAUGGAAAAUGUGUGGCAACAUUAACAGGCCAUGAUGAUGAAAUACUAGACAGCUGUUUUGAUUACACUGGAAAGCUUAUUGCAACUGCUUCGGCUGAUGGAACAGCAAGAGUUUUCAGUGCAGCCACAAGAAAAUGCAUUACCAAAUUGGAAGGCCAUGAAGGUGAAAUUUCAAAGAUUUCUUUCAACCCCCAAGGGAACCGUCUUCUCACUGGCAGCUCUGACAAAACAGCUAGAAUCUGGGAUGUUCAGACUGGUCAGUGCUUACAGGUUCUUGAGGGACACACGGAUGAAAUCUUUUCAUGUGCUUUCAACUAUAAAGGUGACAUAGUCAUUACAGGUAGCAAGGAUAAUACCUGUAGGAUAUGGCGCUGAUUGAAGAAAGCCAGUCCAUGAGGAAACUUGCCACUUGGCAUCACAGCCAGCCAGCAAGCUAUUGUGACAUUUCAUGUUUUCUCUUUGUCCACAAGUCAACCUUUUAUACACUGUCGUUAGCUUCACAGAUAUGACCAUUAAAGCUGAUGGACUUAUAUCACUCCUUGAUAUUAUUUGGUAGAGAUGACAGGAACACACAUACUGUUUGGCAAAUGUCACUGGUUAUUUCAAUUUUCUUUCUUGGUAGCAUCACGAUACUGAUAAAUGAAACAAGAGUAAUGUAACAACGUGUCUCCUAGAUUCUGCUUUGAAGCCUAUUAUUAUAAUUUCUGUUGAAUAAAGUUUUUGGAGAAAAUUU